AAAUAAUUUCUUUAUUAGUUCUGUGAAUGACGUGACCGCCGCCGAAGCAUACGACGCGCGUGCUUACUCCAUCAAACUUGAUCAUUCUUCUCGCAUCUGAAGAACUAUGUUCCUGUCCCAAUAAAAAACUAGUGAAGUAUUUAACAUAUUAUGUACCUGUGAUCGUAUUAUAAGAAGUGAUUCAAUUUGAAGAAACAUGGCGAAAAAUAAGGAAAAGACGGCCGUCCUCGAGAAAGGCGUCUACAUUAUACACGCCGAUGAGGAACUAAAAACGCCAGACUUGUCACCUAGUACCGAUACCGAAAAAAAUACCUCAAAGGAUAAUGUGAAAAAUAAAGGUACUUGGUUACAUACAUCGACUCCAACAGUUGUUCAUUUUUUGGCAUUAAUUACUCAAGGUCUUUUAGUUUGGGGGCUACUUUGGCUUGCGUGGGGAGACGGGUGGAGUUGGAAUGGAAAAUGGUUCAAACCAGCAGUCGUUGUGGUUAUCGCAUGGAGCAGCGGACAACUCCUACAGAGACUCACUACGCUCCCUCCACUUCUGGCUGCUAUACUAACAGGAAUCCUUGCAAGAAAUUUAGGCUACCUCGACAUGCGAGGAUACCCACACGUGGACAACUUUUUAAGGAAAAUUUACCCAGUGAUAAUUCUUGGCAAGUCAUCUCUGGGUUGGGACUUGAAAUUUAUGAAGGCCAAUUGGCGUCAAGUUUUCAGCCUCGGUGUGGUACCCUGGACGGCUGAGGUUCUCGCUCUCGCGACAUGCUCGCGGUACUUCCUCCAUUAUCCCUGGGUUUGGGGCAUUCUCCUUGGGUCUAUCUACGCAUCUUUGUCUUGUGCUGUGGUGAUGCCCUCUGUAUUAAAAGUUGGGACUAGUCCAGAUAGGACCCACAACUGGCCUCAGUUGUGCUCGACUGCCGGAGGAAUCGAUACUGCACUCAGCGUUGGAAUAUAUGGGAUCGUAUAUAGCUACAUUUUCAGUGAUGUGCACGAUGCUUAUCGAUACACUAAAGUGGCGUUGACCUUAUUCGUCGGAGUCGCUAUGGGUAUCGCUUGGGGCAGUCUCGCAAAAUUGAUACCUCACUCUCGAAACCCCUACGUUACUGAAUUGAGGGUUCUCUUCGUGUUACUCGGUGGACUGUUUGGAAACUUUUUGACGCUGCACUUGGGCUGGGGCGGCGCUGGCGGUGUAGCUGUAUUAGCGUGCAACGCAACAGCGGCGAAUCACUGGUCGCGCGACGGUUGGAAGUUAAACAACAACCCUGCCUCGACCGUUUAUCGCGUUUUGUGGGCAGCUUUGGAGCCUGCCGUGUUCGCAUACACUGGAACAUACUUUGAACUCUGGAGUGAUCGUCCACGGGGUUUCCUGAACGCUAUGAUAUACCUUUCCUCAAGGGGGCUUCUAAAGAGUCAUGAAUGGAAGGCAGCGACUUGGCUUUGCAGUUUUCCCACAACAAUGUCCCAAUACGCCAGUGAAUGACCGUCAGGAGGCCAAUAUGAUCAUAUUUAUAUUUAAAGGAAAAAAAUACUUUUUUUUAAUAAAUUCCUAACGCACUUUUAAAUAAUAACAUGAACAUAAAAAGCAUAGCUCUUAGAUGCAGUGGUGGAUUUACACUAGGGGCAGUCGGGGCAAGCACCAAGGGCGGCAAAUUUUUUAGGGCGGCUAAAUUUUGAAAGCAUAAUUUUUUUUUAGUCUUAUCAAGAUUGCUCAAUAAAAUUAAAUAAAAUUCUAAUAAUUAAUAAUUUUCUUUUUAAUUGAUAAUUCAAAAAAAUCAAUUCAUCCAUUAUUUGUGAAUUAUAAUUUUGGCACUUUUGGUAAAAAUUAAUAAUCAACAUGACUUAAUCAAUUUACUUCCUUGGAAAUUUAAAAUAAUGAUCGAUUUUUUCUAUUUUCUGCAAUUAAAGUUUUUUUUUUUUUAUAAUUAUGAGUCACCCUUAGUCAAAUCUUAUAAUUGUUAAAAAGAAAACAAAUAUUUAUUUAUGUUUUUGGAAUAUAUGACAUAUGAUAAAGUUUCCGCAAUAAAUGAGUUAUUUUAA